AGACCAAGCAGAUAAUCUUACAAUGUAAAGCUAGCAUACAAUAGCUAACCGGAAGAAGCAGCUAGACACUGGCGUAAUUUCUCGCCUAAAAGGCAGGACACGGUAUUAUUAAUGGUUAGCGCGGGUCGGUGCUUAUGCGAUACGCGGCAGUUAUGGUGACUGAGUCGAUGAAGUUGGAGGCUUUUCCAUCCUCCAGGAUUAUGAUGUCCGCGGGACCUAGUGUCGCCUGAACUUCUAGCCUCCGGUUUGGACACGUAGCUCGGGGAAUGAUGAUGCAGAGUGCAGCGGCAUCAUCUGACCCUUACCAAGGUCCAGGGGAAAGGGGGGAGAUGGUGCACACUAUAUCCAAAGAGACUCUGGGAUCUCCAGAUGCUUCUGAACUUGGAAGCCCAAGAUCUACACUGAAUUUUGACCUGCUUAACAUGGUUGUGGCCUAUAAGAGAAUGGCGCUUUUUCUGGAACCAGUUACAGAUGCGAUGGAGCUGGCCCGCUUCUUGCUAGGGUGGAGGAUGCCCCUCUGCUCGUUACUUGUUUGUCUAUUCCUCAAUGUCUUCUUCUGCACCAUUAAUGAAGUGGGUUGGUUGUCACUAUGUUUGGUGGCAGUCACAGUGCCUGCUGCCCUUGGCUACCUGCAGGACAGGUGCUGGGGCAGAGCCUCAGAAACGGAACUCCAGAGGAGGCACUAUCACACCGUACAUCGCAGAGAUUUGCAGAAUGUGCACCUCAGUAAGCAGGAGGCUAUGCUGGAAGUCAAAGACCUGUUGAAGCAUCUGGAUGACAUGCUGUCUUCGGCCUGUCAAUCAGCAGAAACAUUUUACAAGGUCCUGUACUGGGACAAUCACACCACAUCAUCAAGGUUUUAUGGAGGAUUGUUUACAGUGGUGUGUGUUCUCUACCUCGCUCCUGUCGGCUGGGUGCUUGCUGGUUUGAACAGCGUCAUCUUCCUUUGGAAUAGAAACUUCCACAGAGUUUUGGUGGACCUGAAGAAGCUGUUCCAUGCCUCCCAGACUCCGACAUCAGAGGCAGCGUGUGACGAACUGGAUCACAGCAAUGUAGUGGAGAGGACACCCACACCAACCAGUCUGGAGGACAUAUCACCUGGGAGUGUGGAGGAAGCAGAAGAAGCUGAGCCUGAUGAUGAAUUUAAAGAUGCAAUUGAGGAAAAUGCCAUCACCCUGCAGGAAACCCCUUUGGUGUUAGUGGAGGAUGAAGAUGGUCCAAUUGGAGCCCCUGAGUUUGACACCAUCUCUGAAAAUGGCCUCCUGAGUCGUAAUGAACCCAUACGCAGCAAAGUGUCCAAGCUGACGGAGAAACUGCGCAAACGUUACCCCACCACCAGCAUUGGCAACUGUGCUAGCUGCAAUGCUGUCUUCUCAGUGCUGAAGAAAAGGAAGAACUGCAGUAACUGUGGCAACAGCUUUUGUUCAAGAUGUUGUUCUUUCAAAGUGCUGAGGUCUUGCAUGGGGGCCACCGCUCCAGAGGCCCAGAGAGAGACUGUGUUUGUUUGUGCUGCCUGUAAUUCCUCGCUCAUCAAGUUGCAAUGACCUGACGUUUGGCCGUGCGACCCAGAGGGAUGGUCAUCACUGUUUACUCCUCCGCUCGGCACACCCUGAUGUAAUUUUACUAAACCCCCAGCACAUGCACCCUUGAAGAUUUUUUCUUGCCUUUUGUGUUAUGCCCAUCCUUGUGUCACUGGCCGUUGAGUUUAAGGACCCUUGUUUGUCCCUUUGCUGAGCAAAGGGAAAGAAGAGCAUGUUGGAUUACCGGUGCUGGUUUACAAGAGCAAUGGUUUUCAUUCAAACUCUUUGACUGACCACUAACAUGAUCAAAUUUGAACUCUGGAGGGUUUACAUACGGUGAAACAAAAAAUGAUUUGCUACAAGUGACAUGCUUGUAAGGCUUUGAGUGUUUUUGACCAGCAUGCUAUUUUUUUCUUGGGUUGUUUGAGCUCUAUUGGAACUUGUUAUUUUUUACUUUUAACUGGAUCAAAAUUCAGCUAACUGGAGUCACUUGAUUGGACAACGCAACUGGGUCAAAUAAUCACAUGCCUCCCUCACACUCGUACAAGCAGGACUUAAAAGAAUGGAUGUGGCGGCAGUCUUGGACCGACCCGAGAUCGAUGCAAUGUGGUUUUAACCUUUAUGCUGGCACUGAUGAUUGUAAUUGUUUGCUUUGCUUUUAUUGUAAUCCCUUCUAGAGCUAAUAUAUUUAAUUUAAAACGCUUGAAAAUCAGUUAUUUGAUCGAUUUUUUUUGGUCAUGUAUAUAUUGCUACAUCUUUUAUGGGUGAAAUAUUGCAUUGUUGAAAUAAACUGUCAAAUCCCAAA